AUGAAGUCGAGUAAUCAGCCUGGCUUUGAGAAACUGACGGAGACAGAAGACACAGUUGAGCUGGUUAAGCACUAUGUCUGUACCGUCUGCGGGAAGAACUUCCCUUCGGAAGGAAGGCUUGAAGCUCAUGCCAUGUUCCAUGAAUUCACAGAAGAGCACACAUGUCCGGUGUGUGGAGAAAGGCAGAGGAAUACUUUCAUGCUGACGAAACACAUGGCGAGACACGUCAGCAGGACUCAUAAGUGCACCAAGUACGACAAGGCGUACAAGACCAGAGGUGCGCUGUACAGACAUGAGCGUGAUAUGCAUGGUAAACCGGUGGUUAGGAAUCAUUCCUGUAGGAUAUGCUCCACACGAUUCGCCAAGAAGCUAGAGUGCUUGAAGCACGAGAUAACACACAAAGAGUUCAAGGACGUCGUAGACACACCUAAAAAGAGAGAUCGCAGAAUGAAACUAGAAGGUGAAAAAAGAACGAAGAAACAGACAGCGAAUAUUGAUGAAAAUAUUAAAAAUAUUAUUGGAAGUUCAAAUACUAUUAUUGAAAAAAGAGCCUCUCUACCUGAUGAAGAGGAAAUUCCAAAUGUAGGCAAUAAAACAAGAAUGCAAAGUGGAAGAUUAUCGAUGCAGUCUAGAAACAGGAAAGCCAAAAAUAAACCUCAGGAGCCCCAAGACAUGUUGGGUAAAGCGGCUGACUAUUACAUCAGGCCAAGACCUUUCAAAUGUCGCUACUGCACCAAGAGGUAUGUUGAUAAGACCAAAGCGUAUGAGCAUGAGAAGGAAGUCCAUGAAGGUAAAGGAACGUAUAAAUGCACAGAUUGCGGGAGGAUGUUCAUGAACGAAGCUCGUUUCCUGGAUCACGUCAAGAACCACGAGCAGCAUCGGUUGUACCGAUGUAACCUCUGUGCUCGAUCCUUUGCCUCAGAGACCGCUCUGAACAACCAUCAAGGAGAACACAACGGUCUGAAGCCUUUCAAGUGUGACCUCUGCGGACGUGGCUUCCGGGUCAAGAACGCUGUCUACCAGCACAAGAGACGGAUGCACCAGACACGCCCCUUACGCUUCUUCUGCCCUGUCUGCAACAAAGGGUUCUCAGAUAAAGGAGGCUUGACCAAGCAUGAGAGACGCCACAAGGGCAUCCGACCCUUCGUGUGCUUGCAGUGUGGCAAAGGGUUCACCGUGAAGCAUAGUUUACAGGUUCACAUGCAGAGUAUGCACGAGGAGAAGAGACCGUUCACAUGCCACAUCUGCUUGAAGACAUUCACAUUGAAUCAUAGCUUUACAUCUCACAUGUUCAGACACAAGGUACAGGGUGAGGAGCCUCCAGGACAGACUGACAUUCACCUUGAAUCAUAG